AUGGACAUUCUCAGACAGUUCGGGGCCUUGAAGAUGGCCGAGGGAGAGCCCAUCUACGAUGACUACCAGGCCUUGGGACGGGCGAUCAAUAGCACCCUACGCACUCACGAACGGGCUCUGUUGAGGCAGAUCCAGGAGGAGUACGACAUCACCGCGCCCGUGGUCAACAUCCAGAGACAGAUCCGAGGAGAUUCCCCUGACUGCCACGAACCCAUGCUUGCAGAGGAAGCGAUGAUCAAGAUCCCCGAACGACGCCGCAUCGCGGAGGCCGCCGUCAGUGAUCCAGCAAGGUUCACCGGAGAGAAGAGUUUGUUGCGACACAUCAAAUGCUGCCGCAAUAUGAUUGCACUAUGUAAGAAGAGGGAAAGUCAUGCUGCCAAAACUACCUCCCCUCCAGCUCUGGCCUUCGUGGAACCGCCUGAACCGAUCCCCAGGAAACGCCCAAAAAUGCCUCGCUGCAGUCCUCUAAAAUGCCUCGGAUUUCAGUGUCUGUUCUGCUUGACGAGCAAUCUUCCUUCGGAGGAUCGACAGCAACGCUUCAAAAGCAAAUUCUCUCUUCAACGGCAUGUGGAUCGGUGCCGGCUCAACCAGUUCUUGGAGGGCGACCGGAUUCCCUGCCCUGACGACGUGGGUUGUUCUGGAGUUGUCCUGAAAGGCAAGAUGCACUUCAAGAAUCAUGCCGCUCGAGUUCAUGACUUCGUCUUGUGA